UACCUUUAAAUUUUAACUGGCUUAUGCUUUUUAAUUCCAUCUACGUAUAAGGAUACCGUAUCCCGUCAUGUUCAAUGUUACACUUAAUAACUUAGAGAAAAGAUAAAAUUAAAGAAGAAAAUUUAAAAAGUAUCCCUGUUUAGUUUCAGCAUAAGUUUUAUUUUAUUUAUCGGUGAAUGUCCAAAUUAUUAGGGGUUGGAGAAUCGAAGAUCAGACGACAAGUAAAACUGUGCACUAAUUAACGGCUGUAUUUUAUCCUAAUCAGGAUUACGUUUUGCACCUCACCUCAGUGUGAACCCCAAACCUCAAAUAGUAGAUUUCUGUUUAUAUACACAAUUAACCCUUCUCAACAAACACAACCUUAAGUUAAAAAAAGACAAGUUCAUUGGGUAAGAACGCUCAUCAACUACUUAUAUUAAAAAUUAUCUAUGAGGAGGAUAUUUUAAGUUUCAUUAGAUACUAUAUUUUUGUAGCCAUUAUGUAACUGGUACAGCUCGCAGGCUACUUCUUGCAGAAAAUUAUUCUACCUUCUUAUUAGUCCAGCGGAAGGCAAGGUCACCGAGUUACUGACGUCUGGCCAAGCACGCACACUAUCACGGCCAGGGUCAAGCGGGCCCUCACGUACGAAGUGCAUAAAAUUAGAUUUACCUAAGCAAGAGUGCAAAAUGCACUUACGUCUUGGUUCCGAAUACAAUACUCCAAAAAACGUGGCAACUAAUUGUUUACUAAGUUAAUUGCAACGAUGUUGACAACUGAAGAUUGUCAAUCUGAGCGCGGAAGAGUAAAGAUCAAUGACAUCGACCUCUGUGAGUUUGGUUUAACUCUUAAAUGAUUCAUUGAGUGUAUCGUUUUGUGUGCACGUGUGUUCCAGCGCACCUCACCGACGGAGCUCUUCUUACUCAUACAUAGGUCGAGUAAGAUUUAACCUUACAACAAGUUAUAAAUGACGUUCGUGAACAAUUUUCCGAGAAUUUUACAUUUUACGUAGCAAUAAAUAUUAGAUAAUGCUAUACAUUGGUACAUAUUGAUAAUGUAAUGUAUAUAAAGUUUAUUAUAAUAUGUUAACUAAGUUACUUCAUUUCCGAAGUUCCAUCUCCGUGAGAUCCAGAAAUGUAAUUCACGUGUAAUUUCACCGACUGCUUCUUUACUACUAUAGUUUCUUUAAAAAAUAUUAAAUUUACUUAUUUCUAAGUCUACCUUGCCUACUCCUUCCUGACUUAGCGUUCAGGUGCUAUCAUAAAGACCCGGGUUCUGGAGCGAUUUAAGGUCGAAAGAAAAUAAAUACAUUUUACAUUAAUUUCACUUGAACUCAUUGAAUGCAGAGUGAAGGGCACCAGACCUCGAAUCCGAUCGUCUUCUCGCUGACCCCAACGAAGGGACUUGCCCUUACAGUUCUUACCACCAGGCAGGCGCUGCGGCAUGCCAAAGACAGAGUGGAGUGGAGCGCCCUUCAUUAGACCAUGCUACGCAGAAGAUAGGGCAUGUUUGAAGUCGUCUGCUCAAGCAGCCGUUGCGGUGGUGGCGGCAGGUCUCCCGGCAUUGGGAGUAGAGCGAAUGGACCCGAUGCAUCUCGAGCACGUGUCGGCCAACCAAGCCGGGCUGAUUAUGGAGUUCAAUAAUACACAAGUACGAGGAUUGAGACACUGUCGCGUGCUCGAUUUACAACGCGAAGGUCCUCGGAUGUCAGUGGAGCUCCAGUGCAGUGUGGUGCUGACGGGGGAUUAUGUGCUCAGUGGCAAGUUGCUCAUCUUCCGCAUACAGGGCAGUGGCCGCUACAAGAUCACGAUACGUGACAUAGUUGUGAAGGUUAGCUUGGAGACGGUGGAGCGUAAGAAAGGCAGGGAGCGGUACUGGUCGGUGGUGCGUUGGAGGCACACGGCCCAUGUCCUCACGAGCGUCGUCUAUCAUUUCCAGAAUCUAUUUAACGGCGAUGAAGCACUAGCCCGUCCAGUAACACAAUUCGCGAACAAGAACUGGCGGGCAAUAUUCACGGAAGUGUCACCGCCCAUUGUCUCCGCUAUCGUCGAUCGCAUCGUGCACCAAACUGCUCAUCUCUUUGAAAAAGUGCCUCUUACACAACUUUCGUUGGACUGACUGUAUUUGGACAUUGAUUUAUCAAAAUAUAUUACAAUCACAGAAAUUUAA